AACUAAUUACCAAAAUAACAGCGCACCCUACGUUCCACCUCAUAAUCGCCAACCUCCGCAAGAAGAUUCUUUGGCAAGGAUGGAAAAGUUGAUGAUGGAGUACAUGCAGAAGAUGAACAAUCUGGCAGAUGAUUUGAAGGAACGUGACAAGACCCGUGAUAAGCAACUCCAACAAGUGUUUAAACAACUUGGAGUUAGAGAACAAGGGAACCUCCCAGCUACCACUGAACCAAACCCAAGGGAACAACUUCGGGCCAUAACUUUAAGAAGUGGUAAAGAGCUUCAAGGCCCGGAAGUCGAAGCCGAUAUAGAAGAAGUCCCUGUGGAUACUUCUAUAGGAACAACCUCUCAAAAGAAGGUUAAAAAGAGCAAGGACGAGAAAGCUUUCCAAAAGUUUCUCGACGUCAUUGGCCAAGUUGAGGUCAAAAUGCCUUUGGUAGAUGUGUUAACUGAGAUGCCCAAAUACGAUGCCUCACAGGCCAGCAUUCCCGACUGCUACGCGUGCCGCUUGGUGGGUUCGGGGCCCAUCGAGCGAUUUGAGAUGUGGGGCCGCCAUCGCUCAUUGACGGAGUCUGUGUACCUGUCCUCGGCAGUUCUCACCGAUUACGGGUACGCUGAGGAGAUGGAGCAGCUACUACGAGGGACGAGGUGGCAUCGCCUCUUCACGAUGCGGGCUAAGUCCAGCCUGCCACUGACAAUCGAGUUUCUGUGCUCUCUUGAGCUGGAGCCGUCUACGGGGUCACGGUCGAUGAACUUCCAGUCCAUCGACUCUCAUACCACCCUCACCUUCACUCUCCUAGGGCGGGGAUUUCAGCUGACGGUCGUUGAUCUAGCCACUCACUUGGGUCUCUACUCUUGGGAGGAGACGUCGGCGCCAGAGUUUGAUGCCGCACCAUACCUUCUCCCUGCAGACGUUGAUCCUGCCAACUUUUGGGCGGGGCAUUCUUCCGAUCCAGACCGCUUUGAGGGCAUGGGUCGGGCCAGGCCGUUGAACACGGCUCGGGUAUACCCCGAUGACAUGAUUGUCUUCUGGAGCUUGCACACACGCCAGGAGGCGAAUGUGGCUGUCUUUGUGGCCCGAUUCCUCUACAACCAGUCUAUGGGGAAUCGGACGCACAUUGUCUGUGGUUUCGUGGUCAUCAUACUCUUCCGAUCACUCGAGGGGUCGGCGCCCAUUCCGCAGGCACAGAUGUUGAUGCGAGAUUUGGACGCUGGCAUGCUGAGGAAUGCUCACAUCCGUAGGAGGUUGGGAGCUAGCUCUACCGAGAGCAACGCCGCUUCCUCAUCUGCGCCCUCGACCUCAGGAGCAUCUUCGCAGGUCUCGUCUAGGAGAGCCACUCGUCGCCGUCCCACUUCUCAGGCCACUCCAGCUACGACCCAGGCGGAUCCGACCCCGGAAUGGGCUAGGAGGAUCCUGGAGCAGCAGGAUACCAUCAUGCAGAGGAUGUCCGAAAUCGGACAGCAGCAGCAUCCCAGGCUGAGAGCUUUGCUCAGCUUCGGAGGACCUUUACUGGCUUUUACUCAGAUGUGCACAUUGGGCUCACCCCUCGCUCUCCUGAGGGCGACGAUCCAUCCGCUUCUGUUCCUCCCCCUUAGUGAUCUUCAUAUUAUUUUCCUUUGAAAACUAUUUCUCUUCGUUUAUGAGCAGGAAUUGAUGAUCAACUGGAAUGUUGGAACUUCUUAUUUUCCACCGGUAACAUUUACUUAUGCACUUGCUCUAUUUCAAUUUCAAUCAACUCCUUUUGAGUUAUUGAUGUGUGAGUUCUUUUGCUAUUAAUCAAUCAUCUCAACCCGG